GCUCUGCAGAAUUAGGACUAACGUCUGCACGGCACCAUCUUUUGGGAGAUGUCUACGAAGUGAGCUCUGGACAAGGUGCUGGAAAAAGGAAGAUGCUCGCCCACCCUGGUUUUUUGGUAUGUGGGAGCGUUUGCAGUCACAAAACCAGCGAGUUACUGGUGUUAAUAAUUAUCUUGGGAGACAGCGAGAGCCAUCUGUGUGUCUGUGCCAUUCGUCCCCUGCUGCUGUGGUCCGACAAAAGGCUCUGGAUGAGAAGACAGAAGAGUUCAAACUGGUCUACAGGUUUCCGGGGAUUAAGUACUGCAGGGUGCUGUCCAGACUGAAGCUGCUGCAGACUGCCACCACCAUGGUCAUGCUGCCUCCCAUCUGCUACCUCUAUCUGCAAGACCAGGUUUCUCAGAAUAUCCUCUUGUAUACAACGGGCAUUGCGUUCUUUGCUGGUGCAAUGUUGUAUGGUAUGAGCUACUUUUUGAGACGAAUUAUUGGAUUAAUCUACUUAAAUGAAACUGGCCGUACUGUCAAAGUGGCCCACUUGACGUUUUGGGGAAGACGCAAUGACAUUUACUGUCCCGUAGAGACAGUGAUGCCUUUGGAUGAAGCUGGAGAUAGCAAGGGGGAGGUACUUCUCCAGUUCAAACGGUAUAAUAGUACAGAUAUUUUAUAUUUUACGAUUAAGUUUGGCCAGAUUGUAGAUAGACAGAAGUUUACCCAAAUAUUUGGAGGAUUUGAGUGAUACAGCAGCUAAUUUCCAGUGAUUUUCCCUGUUGCCUGUUCAUUGUGCUUAUUCUUCUGUGACGUUUAGUUUACCAAACUGACAUACCUCUGUCAUUUUCCUAUGCAAAGCCUGCUGGUAAGUGCACUCAGUGUAGAAAGUAGAAAUGGUAAAGAACAAUCCACUGGAUUAAAUGUCUUUGCAGCUUGUUGAAGGUGUGAGCAGGGUCUCUUCCGCGUUGGAUACAGUGACGUGCAUGGUGCGCCGUCACCAGCAGUUCCAAGUCUAAACUGUCCUAUGUGGAACGUGCAGUAGGGGGCUGAAUUCCUGAUGCUGACCCUGACUGUUUCAGCUGGCCUCUUCGAUUGUUUUUGAACGGGAAAAACUCUUGGAAGUGAAAUGCGGUAACUCUGCCAGAGCGUCCUCACUUUAAAUUCAUUGUUUCUUUUAGCGAAUUUUAGGUUGACUGGGAAGCCUCUUGAAAUGAAAACUUGUCUCAUCCAUACAUGUGAUAAAUAAUGCUGAAUGUCAGAGAUACACACGCUCGUGCGUUAAUAAAAUGGAGGUAACUGAAA